AUGACGAGCAGCAGGCGAGUGGUGGUGGACAUGCCCACCGGUGCCAGCUCCAGCUUGCCCCUCCAGAGGCACAGGGCGUCCUUUGGGGGAACAUGGUCAUCAUCCUCCCUGGAUAGCCCCCCAGCCUCCAGGACCAAUGCCAUGGGUGGUCUCGUCCGAGGACCCAGAGUCUAUGUAGGGAUGGUGCCCAGUGGGUACACAGGUGGCCUGGGCACCCGCGUGACACGCCGGGCCCUGGGCAUCAGCAGUGUUUUCCUGCAGGGCCUGCGGAGCUCAGGUCUGGCCACAGCACCAGCUCCAGGCCUGGAGAGGAACCUCGGUGCCGUUGAGGACCUGGGGGGUUGCCUGGUGGAAUACAUGGCCAAGGUUCAUGCCCUCGAGAACGUCAGCCAGGAGCUGGAGGCACAACUGCGCGUGCACCUGGAGAGCAAGGCCACACGCUCCGAAAGCUGGGGUGCCCUCAGGGCUUCCUGGGCCAGCAGCUGCCAACAGGUGGGCGAGGCGGUCUUGGAAAAUGCCCGGCUCAUGCUUCAGACAGAGAAUAUCCAGGCGGGUGCAGACGACUUUAAAGAGAGAUAUGAAAAUGAGCAGCCAUUUCGAAAGGCAGCAGAAGAGGAAAUUAACUCUCUGUAUAAAGUCAUCGAUGAGGCUAACUUGACAAAAAUGGAUCUGGAGAGUCAAAUAGAAAGCCUGAAAGAAGAACUUGGCUUUCUGUCAAGGGGCUAUGAGGAGGAUGUGAAAGUGCUGUACAAACAGCUGGCAGGGUCUGAGCUGGAACAAAUGGGUGUUCCCAUUGGCACUGGUCUGGACGACAUCCUCGAGACCAUCAGAAUCCACUGGGAGAGAGACGUGGAAAAGAACCGGGCGGAGGCAGGAGCCUUGCUCCAAGCCAAGCAACAGGCGGAAAUGGCCCGCAUGGCACAGACCCAGGAAGAGAAGCUGGCCGCCGCCCUCAGACUGGAGCUGCACAACACUUCGUGCCAGGUCCAGAGCCUCCAGGCUGAAACGGAAUCCUUGCGGGCCCUGAAACGAGGCCUGGAGAACACCCUGCACGACGCCAAGCACUGGCACGACAUCGAGCUGCAGAACCUGGGCGCCGUGGUGAGCAGGCUGGAGGCGGAGCUCAGGGAGACGCGCUCAGAGGCGGAGCAGCAGCAGCAGGCUCGAGAGCAUCUGCUGGCGCACAAAGCCCAGCUGCAGAGGGACGUGGCGUCCUACCACGCCCUGCUGGACAGGGAGGAGAGCUGCUAAUGAAGAAACUUCCUCUUUUCAUAAAGGAAUUGCUUCCUCCCUCACCAAGUGACCAGUGAAAUUCCUAGAGGAGUUCCUCCACACCCUCAUAGACUCCCACCACCUCCCUACCCUCCUGAGCUGGAUUCCCUGCUGGAUUCCCUGGUUGAUUCGGCUUAAUCUGAAAAGCAUCCUGGAAGUGGAGACGGUCCUUCUGCCUUAAUUUAAAUAGUCUGUAGCUUGAUCAACCUCCCUUGUGCCUCUCCAAAUAAAGGCUUUGUGUGUGGCUUCCAGUCUGCCCACCUUGCUCGGCCCACUGUCAGGUGGAAUGGAUAUCACAUUACCUGGCUGGCUUUUGCUCAUGGAGCCAUUCUUAAAGGCUUCUGCAAGGGUCCUUGAGCUUGACGCCAUCUGCCUCAUCAUCCAAGGGCCAGGCGCUCUUGGGUUUAUGGACAUAAACGCGCUGCUUAGGCAAGGCUUGUGCUCAUGGCAUGCCGGGUUGACCCAAUUUGGGGCAAAAAUAUCACUCUUGCUAGAGAGAGGAUUGGUGCGGUACUU